UUUGUUUCUGGUCAGAUAGUUAAAAAACAUGGCGGGUAGAAUGGUUCUAGGACGUUUGUUCGUCCGAAAUUAUUCGGUAAAACAUGGGGAAACAUUCGAUGUUUAUGCAACAACGCACGGAGCUGGGAAGGGUGUGAAGAUGUGGAAAAAUCUCUCCCUCUUCGUGGCUAUUCCAACGGUUCUCCUCGGACUGCUGAAUACUUACUUGAUGGAGAAAGAGGAGGAGAAAUCGACCAAAAGGCCUGAUUUCAAAAUCUACGAGCAUCUACGUAUUAGAAACAAAAGAUUCCCAUGGGAUGAAGGCCAGAGGACUUUAUUCCACAAUCCUCACAGAAAUGCUCUCCCCGAUGGCUACGAAGCUGAGGAGGAGCACCACCACUGAAAAAAUUUCCCACAAAUUCACCAGGGAUAAUUAUCAUCAGUGAUUUCUAGAUUUGUUCUAUAGUUAAUGUAACAUACAACUGUCAAAGAAUAAAAUUUAAUCAAAUAAUUA